AAAAUAUCGAAGGGAAAAUAGUGAGUCAGACAGCCUGGUGGCAUGUUCAGCUGGAUUUAACAAGCAGUCACCCCCGUGCUUAGUCAUUCAGCUGUUUGUGGGGGUCCGUGUGGUGCAGGAGUGGGUAGGUCCUCUUCCCUGUUCACCAAAAUGGAUUCCUUAGCUUUGUGAGGGUCCUGUCUAUAAAUACCCCUGACAGAGUGACUGACAGCCACAGACAGCUGCAGCCACCAACCAACCAACCCGUGGAGACUAACCGCAGCAAUCUGAGCAGUCCUGUGCAUGCUGACAGUCCUGCUGCAUCGUGGGGAGUGAGUAGGGUGCCCACGAAACCCAACCAGGACAAGGAGACAGAACAAAAUGGCUGCCAUGACUAUAGACCCGGUGCAGCAGCCUCGGAUGUACCAACAGACUCUGCUUCAGGACGGACUUUGUGACCUCUUGGAGAAUGACAAGUUCGUGGACUGUGUCCUUAAAAUUCAGGACAAGAAGUUCCCCUGCCACCGCUUGGUUUUGGCAGCCAGCAGCCCCUUCUUCAAGGCCAUGUUCCUGUCUGACCUGGAGGAAAGCAAGAAGCGUGAGAUUGUCCUAAAAGAUGUGGAACCGGGUGUUAUGGGGAUGAUCCUGCGCUACUUAUACACAUCUGACAUUAAUCUGACAGAGCAGAACGUCCAGGAUAUCUUCAUGGUUGCUAACAUGUACCAGAUCCCCUCCAUCUUCUCUGUAUGUGUGUCCUUCCUCCAAGAGAAGCUGGUGCUGGGAAACUGCUUGGCUAUCUUCAGACUGGGACUGCUGCUGGAUUGUCCCAGGCUUGUUCUGGCUGCUAGAGAUUUUAUCUGUGAACGCUACCAAAUUGUUGUCAGGGACCAGGACUUCCUGCAGCUUGGCCCAAGCGAGCUGGGCAUCAUCAUCACCUCAGACGCGCUUAACAUCGGGCAGGAGGAGCUGGUGUUUGAAUCCCUGAUGGACUGGAUCAAACAUGAUGAGAAAAAACGCCUUAAAGACCUGCCAGAGCUGUUGCACUGCGUCCGUUUCAGGCUCAUACCACCGGAUUACUUCAAAGAGAAAGUAGAGCGUCAUCAGUACCUGCGGUUCAGCCAGGAGAUCAAGAAGGAUCUUGAUCUAGUCAAGGAUGCUUACAAAGGGCGUCUGCCAAAGCCCAAGAAGCCCAGCACUGAUGGGGCAAAGGGUGGAGAGGGAAGUGAGGAGGAGGAUGAGGAGGAAGGGUACUUGCCAGGUAUACUCAACAACAACCCUCGCUUUGGGAUGUUUGAGCUGGACCUGAUACUUAUGAUCAGUGACACAGGGACUGUAGCCUAUGACCCGGUUGGAAAUGAAUGCUUUGUGGCGUCAGAGUCUACUGAAAUUCCCAAGAACCAUUGCAGCCUGGUGACGGACCAGAACCAGGUGUUUGUUGUCGGAGGACUCAUUUAUAACGAGGAGGACAAAGAUGAACCAUUCAGCUCUUACUUCCUGCAGUUUGACCCAGUAAGUUCAGAAUGGUUAGGGAUGCCCUCACAACCCAACCCUCGUUGCCUGUUUGGCCUGACAGAAGCUGAAAACUCCAUCUUUGUCGUUGGAGGAAAGGAACUGAAGGACAGCGAGCACGCCCUGGACUCAGUCAUCAUCUAUGAUAGACAGUCUUUCAAAUGGGGAGAGUCUGACCCUCUGCCAUAUGCAGUGUAUGGCCAUGGAACCGUAUCACACAAAGGUCUUGUCUACGUCAUUGGAGGGAAGUCUGAAAGCAAGAAAUGUAUGAGGAGAGUGUGUGUCUACAACCCCACAAAGUUUGAGUGGAAGGACUUGGCUCCUCUGAAGACGGCCCGUUCUCUGUUUGGUGUCACUGUCCACAAAGACCAGAUCUUUGUGGUGACAGGUGUCACAGACACAGGACUCACCAGCUCUGUGGAAGUCUACGACAUUGCCACCAACACGUGGUCUGAGUUCACAGAGUUCCCUCAGGAGCGCAGCUCUCUCAAUCUGAUUUCGAUGGGAGGUUUCCUGUACGCAAUUGGGGGCUUUGCCAUGAUGCCCAGUGAAACCAGUGAGGAGCCUGUCCCAACAGAGAUGACUGAUAUCUGGAGAUAUGACGAGUCGGACAAGUGCUGGAAUGGGAUUUUGCGAGAGAUUAGCUACGCAGAGGGAUCCACUAUUCUUCCAGUGCGUCUCAACACUCUGCGCCUCAACAAGUUAUAACUGCACUGAAUUGCUGGUGGUGCCUUGAGGUUAAUGGUGCAAAUUAGUGUACUCAUUAUGGACAUGGUCCAAAAUUGUCCAAGGGUAGAGAUUGUUUCAGGGUAGGAAAUUAAUUUGGCCUCUGAAGAUGAAAAGUGUUGUGAGGUAAGCAUCAGAUUGUUUCACCUUAUGUUUUACAGCAGGGGGAGACAGAUACAUGUUAAGUCAAAGUGAGGGUAGAGAUGAAUGACAUGAGUUAGAAUAUCACACUACAUUUAUUUUAUAAAAGGGAAAAUGCUGAUUUUUACAUGGUUAUUUUUUUGUUACAUUAUUUCAUAAAGUUUCUUGAAUACCUGUUUGCUUUUUUAAAGCAGAAAUAAAAAAAAAUAACGGUUGAUUGUA